AUGAAUAGCCUGUUUGUAACACUUCUUUUUCUUGCACUAAGCAGCUGGGGAGAUGCCAGAACUAAAAUCAGCGGGCGGAUUGUGGGUGGUGAUGACGCUACCGACGGCAUAGCACCAUAUCAAAUCUCUCUUCAAACCGAUUUAUUAGGAGAUAAUCUUCAUAUAUGUGGAGGCUCCAUUAUACAUGACCAAUGGAUUGUAACGGCAGCGCAUUGUAUUGACGAAAUUCCCACUGAAAAUUUGACAAUAGUCGUAGGAACGAAUUCACUUUCUCGUGACGGUCAACGCUACGAACUUGAAAAGUGCAUCUCACAUGAAAACUACUCAAGGGAAACCGUGAAAAAUGAUAUAGGCUUAUGUAAAGUGUCUACCAACAUCACUUUUGGAGAGAAAGUUCAACCAAUAAAAUUACCUUCAAGCGAUGUCGAAGUCGGGAAAAAAGCUCUGCUUACGGGAUGGGGAUAUACUGAUUUUAACGCCAGGACAGUGCCUGAUAAACUCCAAAAAGCCAUACUAAAAACUCGAACUCUGAAGCAAUGCAAUCGAAACUUGAAAGCUUUCAAAAAUAUCCUACCAAUUGAUAAAAAGCAAGUUUGCGCAUACGCUGGCAAAGGAACAGGAGGAUGCCCAGGCGACUCGGGAGGUCCAUUGGUAAUUAAUGAAACAUUAAUAGGAGUGGUUUCGUUUGGAGUACCAUGUGGUCAAGGUUAUGAUGAUGUAUUCACAAAAGUCUACGCUUACAUAGACUGGAUACAUGGGGAAAUGUGAAACUGGCAUAGCCCAGAAGUAUUAGUAUUUAAGAUGUUUUAAGUUGUACUAAACUUUGUAAAUUACUGUGUAACAAUAAUACUGCGCAUUGCAAUUAGAGAGGCCAAAGAGAAAAUGUGGAAAGAUUUUCCAUAAACUUUGGAGCUAGACCCAUUGGGGUGGCCAUACAGGCUAGUGAUGACUAAGCUGCGCCCCUGGGCCUUACUGCUCAUUACUACUCUAGAGCCGGUGUUUCUAGAUACGAUAGUCGCAGCGUUGUUCCCGGCUUAUAGUUUAGAGUUCGCAACCAACAUAUUGCGAUGGAGGGCACACUCUUACCGGAUUGUUCAGGUUCUCACAGGUCAUUGAUGUUUCGGGGGAUACCUUCACAGGAUCUCCAGGAGGAAGGCCUCGCCUCAUUUGCCACGAGUGUCUUUAGCAGAAGGCACAGCGCAACACACUUUAGAGGUUGGUCCGGUGAGGAGCUCUAAACGUAGCUCCCUAAACGCCACCUUCGGAUAGGAUCGCUUCCUGUCAUAGUUAUAGCUGUCGUGGAGGCUGACAGUGACGGCCCGUGGUACACUUUCAAAGCGUCGUAAUACUUACAGAGAACGCAGGAAGGGUUCGGGAGUGUAACCCAGACAACGACCCUCUACGUAAAAUUAAGGCCUGAGAGACAUCGACGCGAUUACGCACGCACUACACUGUGACUUUUUCACCUGAUUAGGUAACUCAGAAGCUGGGCUCGCUGUAGCGCAGCAGACGCUCUUAACGGAGACGAAUUUUAUUUUUUAUUGAAUUUGCAUUUCCCUACGAGAGAUUAUUCUAUUCUAUUCUGAGCCUUCCAAACUGAGACUUUUAUUUCAUCGGUAAAUAAAUUUCUGGCCACUGUUUCUUGCAAGUUGCCUUUAAAGAAAACUUAUGUUGCAGCACAAAAGUGCAAAGCCAAGUAGAUAAUAAAUAUUAUGUAAAUGAAAACUAAAAAAUAUAUAUAUUAUUCAUAAUAUAUUUAAAUUGACAUCAACAACAAUAUUUCAUUAAAAAAAAUAUUAAUUAUCUGUAGCAUUCCUGUUUGAAUUUAUGUUAAUGUUUAAAAAACUCAUAAUUUUAAACUAAUAGGUAAAAAAUGUGUCUUUGUUAUUGUGUUGGCACCUCAUGGUUUCUCUAAAUGCGCAAGGACAUAAUUGAACCAUCAUAUUGAAGAUGAGAAAUUCUCUUGUUGAUUACAAUUUACAAUGGUGAACUUGGGCUCACAUCUCUGUAUCCUCGAUAUAGAUAUAGGCUAGUAAGUGAUCAGCCUUGUGUGCGUGACUAUUAUAAAUGAAUAUGUUUUUGUAAAAAUAAAUCAUAUUAAUAAAUCAAAUGGUGCAUAUAGUAGCACCUUGAUACCACUAGUGAUUAGACUAUGUCCAGUGCUACUUUUCAUACCAAAAAUAUCUGCUUUUGAAAAAAACCCUCACUUGAGUUAUGUAAUUUUAGUUACUAAUUAGAAGCGUAAACAAAAUGUUUUUACCGCACUAAUAAAUGGUAUUUUAACAAAGUCGUUUCCGAUAUGAACCCUUAGAUAGGCCAAGUUUGUUUUUGUUAGCGUCGCAACCCCACUACCCGUAAUUUUGUGCUAGUUAUAAGCUGAUAUUUUUAACCAUUAAAGUCAGUUAUGUUGCUACUGUUACUGUUACCCAGCUUCAAACAAAAAGUUUUAUUUAAACUCCAUACAACAACCGCCACCGAACUUAAUUCUUGUUUUGAACAAAUUGUAUAGAAUUUUAGAAUUGUCUUAAUUUUUUUAUAGCAAUCAUUGGUUUAAUUGUUUUUGUAAGAGAAGUCAGUACUGUUAAUUACAAAGGGCUAAUUAAUUUAUAAUUGGGAACUGGUAAAUUGAUGUGAAAUGUGUGCUUGUUAUUCAUUUAUUUUAAUUUUAGUUAAUUAUUAUUUUAAUUGUAUAAGUACCGCCUUUACAUUUAAUGACGUCAUUUAGCUUGUACAUACUGUUACAAUAUAUGAUUUAUUUUGUGAAGCUAUAUUUGGCAAUAGUAAGAUGAAUUCCUGAAUCCACUUGUGUCAUAUGGUCCCGUCAUGAAAGCUAUUAUAAGGUAAUGAUUGAAAAUAAGUUAUAUACUAUAUUAGUAUUUAUAAUAAUUUGGUUGCUAGUUUAAAUGUAGCAUUCAAAUUUCUACCUAGAAUAAUUUCCAACAUUAGAAGACGAUUAGAAAAGACGGCUACGAUACGUAGGUGCUCCUUUGCGAUGUACUUUUUUAAUCGAAUUUAAACAAGUUUGGGUAUCAAGAAAAUUUUAUAUUUAAUAAAAUAUACUUUUAUUUCGAA